CUAGUAUUCAUUGGUACAUUUUUUUUUUUUGCGUAUUACAAAAUCAAGAGAGAUGGAACUAGUAUUCAUUGGGUACAUAUUUUGCAUGUUAGAUGGAACUAGUAUUGGAAAAAAUGGAUCCAAUCGAUAUCCCAAAAGGAAACAGAAUCAAGAGAGGGAAGGAGAAAUCCAUAAUUACGUCAUUUUCCAGAGCCAAAAUUGCACACCAGACAGUUGAUAGACCUCUGAUUACACUGAGCAAGAAAGGAACCUGGUCAAAAUCGUCAAUGAAAUCAGCUAAAUACAUUUAAUCAAAACAAAAAUUCAACCAGCAUUGGUGACACACAUCAUUAUAGAUAGGAAAAAGCAACCUCGUCACGUAGAACAUAAGCUAAUGCAGCAAGGACAUGUGGAAUGAUGAGAUAAUUAAGAAUUCCAAGGAAGAUUCUCCAAAUGUUAUCAAAACAAUUGGCAAUCACAAACCAACAAGGUAACAGUAAACAACAAUGGAAUAGUCCCAUCAAAAAGAAGGGGGGAAAAACUGAGAUUGCAAAACAUCUGUAUAACCAACAUCCAAACGAGUGAUUUCCCUAUCAUAAAUCCGCACAAGAAAGAAAGAAUGAAGGAGAACAAAAUCUUCACAAGGCUUGAACCUAAUCAUCAAAUUUGGACAAAUAGAAUCACUACCAUGAAUCAGAAGCAGGAUAGGCGAGGUUUCAAAAGUUUCCAUCAGCUUAAGACAGAAAUGAGCACCAGGUUUAUGAGACAGAACUUCAGCUAAUACAAUUAGUGCAGAGAAAUUACAAGGGAUUGCAAAAACCAGUCAGCUAAUCUCUGAAGAAAGCCUAACAUGUAGAAGAUGAGUACGAGUACAAUCCAUCUUCUUCUUCAGGGCAAACGACAUGAACCUAGAGCCAUGGAAUCCAAUCCAGGACUCCGCCAUUCACGAACAGCAACAAAAAUUUCAGAUACAAUCAUUCUAACAAUCUGUACGCAAGAUGCUACAUCACGAAAUCCAAAAAACACAGAUUCAAAGAGUGCUGUUUGGCACGGGAGAAAGUGGGAGAAAGUAUUCGCAAGCAAACUCUGCCGGCGAUUAGGCUUAAAACAUCAAUUCACUACUACAUACACAUAUCUCCGCACAAAUUCUCCAUUCCGUCCUCUCUCGAGAAGAAAACGAGAGCGGAAAGAAGCGAAAACAGGAAGAGGAGGAGGAGGAGAAAAUCGUACCGUCCCAAAUGCUCUUCUUCUCUGCGCUUUCCUUCGUUUCUUCCUCCUUUCCGCGCGACAGUUUUCUCGAUCCAAUUAUGCCCCGGAAAAAUUUCCCCUUUUUUCCACAUCGAGUCUCUUUUCUCCUUUUUCCAAAACUACCCUCCCACGCGAUGCAUCAUUCUGCAGUCCCCCCUGCUUGAGCAGGAUAUCCACGUAGACAAAAGUGUCCGAGUCAAGGGGACCUUCCACGUGGCUGGGGGCAAUAUCGGGAAUUCAUCCGUUCAGCAGGAGGGGAGAAAACAGAAUAGAAGGAAUUCUAUUUGUUGGAGGGGAGGGGAGACUGUUGCGAGAGGUCUUCGGCUUUGGAAAGACAAAAGCUCUCUCGAAUUGCAGAGCUAAAACCAAAUUGACUCCGCCGCGAUCGCCACCUUGUUACUCGGCUAUCAUUAGUUAGAUUCCUUGCUUGUCAGUUUCUGAACCGAAUUUAUUGUAAUUGGACGAUGAUUGAGAGAUUUGUUUAUACUGGUUUUUUCGUCCGUUUGCUUGCUUGCUUGAUCUGGGGGUUCUCUGCUGUUUCGUUUACAUUUUCACCAUUGAGAGGCUGCUGAGGGGUUUAGAGCUCCACUAUUUUGGGGUCCAAUCGGCUCUGCAAACCCAAAAUUUGAACAGUGAUUCAGAAAUGGAAUGGCUUUGGGACUGUGAUUUGUUGCUGCUUGGAUGCAUGCAGUGGUGUCUGUAGAGGGUUGCCAGGGAGAAAUGGCUUUGUUAUCAGACUCUUGGGUAGUUGAAGAAUCUCAUUUUGAAUACGUGCUGCCUGUGUUGUGUGCUGAUGUUCUACAAUAGUUUGGCAGACUUGUUUUUUUUUUUCUUGGCUUUGUCGUGCAUUGAACCAUGCUUGUUGAUACAAGCUUGGCUUGGGUGAUAUUUGGCUUGGCUGCUUGGAAGUAGGAAGUAGAGUAACUUCAUAUGUCUGUCAUCUCAUGUUUAAUUAUAUUCCCAACCCUUUCAGGAUUGUCCAUUCAAUGGUGUGGCGGGUAUCAAGUUAGGAUUAUGAGACCUUGUUUCUUUUAAUCCUAUAGGCGAGAAGGGACAAGUGAUACAUCAAUUGCUCAACGCAGACAUGUUCUCCUUGUUCUAUGGCCUUUUUAAGUAUAUGUUCAGUAAGACGGAGUUUCAUGUGCUCGUUCUUGGGAUCGACAAGGCAGGGAAGACGACCUUGCUAGAAAGGUUGAAGACAGUGUACUCGAAUUCUGAAGGCCUCCCCCAUGACAGAAUUGUUCCAACUGUUGGACUCAAUAUUGGACGUCUUGAAGUGUCGAAUUCCAAGCUUGUGUUCUGGGACCUGGGCGGGCAGAUUGGACUUCGCUCAAUUUGGGAGAAAUAUUAUGAAGAAGCACAUGCUGUAGUGUAUGUAAUUGAUGCUGCUUGCCCUUCUCGUUUUGAAGAUGCAAAAUCUGCUUUGGAGAAAGUACUUAGGCAUGAUGACCUGCGAGGCGCCCCUCUUUUGGUGUUGGCAAACAAGCAGGACCUUCCAGACGCUGUAACAGCUGAAGAACUGGGUAGAUAUCUAGACCUGAAGAAGUUGGACGAAAGGGUUUACAUGUUCGAAGCUGUUUCAGCAUAUGAUGGGUUGGGUAUCAAAGGAAGUCUAGAAUGGCUAGUUGAGGCAAUGGAACGGAGCAAGCGAACUGAAACAUUGAGACUGCGUGCAGGGAUGGCUGGUCCUGGUGUCUAGCAACACAAUCUAUUUUGGAAUCAAGAUGAGGAACCUUUCACCACCUGGCUUUUCAGUAGAUUCUGUAAAUAUGCUAGAGGGUUACACAGCAUCCUACUUGCGCGACUAGUGUACUAAUUUUGCCAUAGGAUGCAUAUUCUUUCGCACUCCACUUCUCUACUGCAGAGAAGCAAGUUAGUAGUAUGGGAGUGAACAUGAUUACACAAUCCACUGGGAAAACUUAUGUGUAAUGAUAACUGGUUCAUGAUGUAGGCU